AUGACGGCGACAAUGGCCGACGAGCCCACAGCCUUUGCAGAAGGGGAGGAGCCGGAUGUGCAUCGAACGCUGGCCGAUGCGGGCGAAGCAGCCGGCAUUGCUGAAGUGCAAGCCGGUGGAGGUCAAGUGAGUGCUGCUGAAGCGGCCUCGAGAGCGGUGAUCAAAGCAGCCGAAGACCAGGGAGUGCUUCUCCAUGAGCUGCCAGAGGUCGUCGCCCUUGCUGCCUCCCGUGCGGCGAUGCACGCGAUCACGGUGGAGGACCCCACCGUAACGAUAUCCGAGAUCGCCAGAUGUUUGAGCCCUGAGUCUCUCCAGCAGCUGAAGGCAGAGACCCGACGGCGGACAGAGCGCAACAACAAAAUCUCUCCUGGUGAGCUCAAGACGAUCUUUCGGAAGAUCGGUCUCGACCUGAAUGACGAUGCCUGGCCUCAGGUGUUUCAGGAGCUAGAUCGCGAUCAGUCGGGGCGCAUCAGCUAUUCCGAGUUCGUAGAUUCGCUGGAGAGGGCCGAGGAGGAGUGCCGGCAAGCGGGCAUUGCGGCCGCCAUGGCAGCUGGCACGACAAUCGGCCAUGCAGCCCUCGGCGCAGGCCACAGCAUCCGAGAGGCCGCCGACUUCGCCGCCACGGCGGCCUCCAAGGCGUCCUCGGACUUCGGCCUGGUUCCGGCCGAUGCAGCGGCCUUGGGAGGGCGAGCUGCGGGCAAACUGGCCACGGAUACCGCCGACAGAGUGCAGGCGGCCGACGCAGCAGCGGAAGCUGCGGGCACCUUUGCCACGCGUGUGGCGAUCGAUGCGGGUCUGACACUGGAGCAGGUGGCAGAGGAGGCAACGAUCGCAGCGUGCGCGGCUGCAGAGGAGGCCGGCAGCACACCGCAGCACGUGGCCGAGGUCAGCGCCAAAGCUGCGGGGAUCGCGGCAGGUGAAAUGGCUGCAGAUGCUGGAAACACUGCAAUGAAGAGCGCAGAGAUCGCGGCCAAGGCAGCCACGAAAUCUGCGGCAACCUCGGGGCUGCCUCCUUACCAGGCGGUAGAGGCCACCGCCACUGCUUCAGCUAGGUCUGCCAGCCGCGCGGCCAUUAACGCGGGGCAUCCUUAUCUCAUCAUUGCAGAGGUCACCCGACAGCUGAACACUCAGCUCGUCGCAGCAUUGAAGGAUGCUGACAACGGCAAAGAUUCUGUCAGCCUCGCUGAGCUCAAGGAGAUCUUUAGCCGCUCAAACAUCGACAUUCACGAGGACACGCUCCGUCAGGUGUUCGAAGAGAUGGGCGUGAACCCAAGCAGUCUCAUAAGCUUCCGGAGCUUCAUGGACGCCGUGGAGAAGGCUCACGGAAUUUUCAUGGAGGCCGGCCGUGCCGCCGCGACCGUGGCGGGCCGAGUCAUUGGGCAGGCUGCUGCAGAGUCGGGGGAUGAUCCCGAACAGGCCGGAGAGGUAGCAGCAAGCGCGGCUUCCUCGGCUGCCAAGACCUCGGGACUCGCUCCGCCGCAGGUUGCGGAGGUCUCCGUCGCUGCAGCCGGGAAUGCCGCUGCUAGUGCAGCCAUCGCCGCUGGCAGCACCCCCGAGCAAGUGGCCUUCAUGUCGGGUCAGGCCGCCGUGUCUGCUGCGCGGAAGGAAGAUCUUGAAGCGACCGCACAGCCGCAGGUGGUGCUGCCAAUCUUUGCGCGUGCGGCAGGUAGGGCAGCAGCACAGCAACCCGGUGCGGGCCGAGACACCGCGAAAGUCAUGAACCGCGCUGCCAGCGCUGCCUCAGAGGCCGGGGAGCGACUCGGCAUCUUCACCACUCAGCAACUCGCAGAGGCCGCCGAAGCCGCCUCCAACGAGGCCUCGCGGGUCUUGUCUUCCGGUCCGAGACCGGCGGCAGCAGGCCGAGGAAAGGGCGCCGGUCGAGGCAAUGCGCGAACUCCACCUUCGCGAGGACGCACUCCCGGCUCGACACCGCAGUCGACACAGUCUUUGCCUGCGCCGAGGCCCAAGGCGACACCAAAAGCGGCGCCGGCAGCCAAAAAGGCCUCAGCGCCGAAGCCCGCGCCCAAGCGUUCGGCCAGCGAGAAAUCUGCUGCCAGGCCGAAAAGCAAGGCCGCAGCAGAUCCUCCGUCGGCCCGUUCCGGUGCCAGCCGCGAGAGGCCGGUAGACCCGGCAGUGAGCACUCGGAGUGCAGAGUCCGCUGCUCGAAGUAUUGAGUCAGGUGUCGAACCUAACUCUGCGUCUUCGAAGGCGCGGGGAGCUAAAGCCAAAGCCAUGGCCUCCGGAUCCAAAGACAGGCCGGUGGCCACUGCUGCCGACAAGUCUCCGCCCAAAGCGAAACGGGAGACGAAGUCAGACAAGGUGCCCGGCGCUUCCGGCAGGCUCCCGGAUGCUGGUGCCCCGAGGACUGCAGAGGCUGCGGCCGAGCCUCCCAAAGAGGUGCCUCCUUCUAGUAUCACGGACACCAAGUUGGGACAGCCGUCCUCGGCGCAGGCGCAAGCCGGCGCAACGGCCAGUCUUUCAGCGGCAACUGCGCAGCAGCCGCCGACGAAGCCGCAAGUGAUAAUGGAGCCGAUUGCUGGGGCGGCGCAGCCCCCAAACACGAACUUUGCGACUCUGCCCUGCCCAUGUGGGAAAUCCCUGCAGGUAUGUUCUGACGCGCCCAGCGAGCGCGACGAUCCCGGUACCCACGAGUCAGGGCAACAGCUUCUCGCCUGUGAAUAUUUGAAUAUGUAG